AUGUCAUCCUACGAGCCUGCUCCUCCAGCCUUCGACGAGCCCUCUCUGUCCUUCGACGAGCCCUCUCCGGCCCUUGACAAACCAGCUCCUGCCCCCCCAACAUAUUUCAGUCCACAAAUCCCUACCUGCCAGCACAGAAUCCCCCAAGAAUAUUUUUUGGGGGGCCAUAUACCUGAGAAACAUCAUGACAAACCUGGAGAAAAACCUUUGAGUCACUCAAAGACUAAAAAGACACUUUUAAACAAAAGAAGAGCCAAGAAAUCUACAACCUGCACUCAGUGUGGGAAGAGUUUAUCAACCAAACGAAGUCUUGGUGUUCACAUGAAGAUCCACACCGGAGAGAAGCCGUUCACAUGUGAUCAGUGUGGGAAGAGUUUCAUGCUAUCACAACAACUGAAAAGACACAUGAAGAUCCACACCGGAGAGAGGCCGUUCAUGUGUGAUCAAUGUGAAAAGAGCUUCCAAUACAAACGUAGUCUUGAGAUUCACAUGAAGAUCCACACUGGAGAGAAGCUGUUCAAGUGUGAUCAAUGUGGCAAAACAUUUUUUACCUUAUCAAACCUGAAGACACACAUGUCAGUUCAUAUGAAGCAGAAGCCAUAUUUAUGUUUUGUGUGUGAAAAGAGUUUUUCACGGCUGCAAACUUUACAAGCACAUCAGAAAACACACACCGGUGUGAGAGAGUACAUGUGCUUUGAGUGUGAGAAGACUUUUAUUAGAGGGAGUGAUUUAAAACAACACCAGAGAAUUCACACUGGAGAAAAACCUUAUGAGUGUUUACAUUGUGACAAGAGAUUCAGUCUGUCAGCACAUCUGAAAAGACACAAGAGGAUCCACACUGGAGAAAAACCUUACAAGUGUUCACACUGUGACAAGAGAUUCAAUUGUUCAGCAUCUCUGAAAAGACAUGAGAGGAUCCACAUUGGAGAAAAACCUUACAAGUGUUCACACUGUGACAAGAGAUUCAGUCUGUCAUCACCUCUUAAAAUACAUGAGAGGAUCCACACUGGAGAAAAACCUUACAAGUGUUCACAGUGUGACAAGAGAUUCAGUGUGUCAGAAAUUCUGAAAAGACAUGAGAGGAUCUACACUGGAGAAAAACCUUACAAGUGUUCACAGUGUGACAAGAGAUUCAGUGUGUCAAAUUCUGAAAAGACAUGAGAAGAUACACAGCAGAAAGACGCCACACACAUAAGACUGGAGAAACUGGAAGAUAGGGCUACUCUCUGAGAAAACAAAGUAAAUUAACAUUUGAACUCUCUUGUAAAAUUAGCAUCCCCAACCCAAGACGCAAUCACCUCAAUAUUGUCUUAAUUUACAUUUCUUUCCCUUUGUCGCCUCUUCCCCCAUCUCUUCUCCCCCCACGCUGAGAUCAUCUGAAAUUCAUAUACAUGUUUGGUAUAAUUUGAAAUGUCUCAGUGUGACUGGUAAGAGGUCUCAUUCCCACAGAGGUUAACCCAAAGGUAAUAAAGGUUUUAAGAGUUUAGAGAUAUUUUGCUUUCUGUGGAGGGUGAAUCCUCUGCCAAUUGGUCUUCCAUGCAAAUUGUCCUAUUCUUCUAAGUUUGGGUCAAUUGGGAGUUUUAUGGAGUGUUUUAUGGAGUCUUGUUCUCAUCUAUCUCUGGAUCUACCGCUACCUGGUCUGGAUGCUGACCAACAUCUUAGUCUUCUAAAUUCUGCCUGGCUCGAUUGUUGUUUAAAGACGUCUAUCAGCCUAUCAGUCUGCUGCUAAGUCUGCUAAGGCUACUUAUUUUUCUGAUUUAAGGCAAGACACGGCAGGUGAAAACAUUGUUUUUUCAUGCAGUGGUCACUUUUGAGAUUUUGGGCCAGUUUGCUCCCUUAACAUGUAAGCUUUCAUGUCAAAAUAAAAAAUAUGUCAACAUUACACAUUAAGGUGGUUAUUUCAUUAUAUUUUGUCAACUUGCGCCUUUAGAUUUCUAUCGGAAAUCACCAAAAGUUAGCAUUCUAACGCGAGCUCCCGUGCCGUCUCCAUUCACAGAAACAUGUCAUGCUUCGUAUCAUUGUAAAGCUC